AUGGGCACUGUUAUACUAUUCACUAUCGGCGGUGGUGUUUCAAUUCUGGGCAUUUGGAGCAACAUCUUCAGCAUGGUCAUCUUUUACAAGCUCGGCCUCAAGGACAGCAUGUCUGUGGAACUCUUCGCUCUCUCAUUGACCGAUCUUUUGGUGGCAUUAGUCCAGUUCGUUAGUUGUACUUUCUACAUAAUCGGUAUCCUUUAUCCAGACAGUUCUCUGGACAUUUGGUCGCUGACUACUUUGGCCUUUGG